AUGGCCCUCGUGGCCACCAUGGGGGCCAGACAUGGCCCUGGUGGCAACCGAGGUGGCCAGACAUGGCGCCGGUGGCCACCAUGGUGGCCAGACAUGGCGCCGGUGGCCAUCAUGGUGGCCAGACAUGGCCCCGGUGGCCUCCAUGGUGGCCAGACAUGGCCCUGGUGGCCACCAUGGGGGACAGACAUGGCCCUGGUGGCCACCAUGGGGGCCAGACAUGGCCCUGGUGGCUACCGAGGUGGCCAGACAUGGCGCCGGUGGCCACCAUGGUGGCCAGACAUGGCCCCGGUGGCCUCCAUGGUGGCCAGACAUGGCCCCGGUGGCCUCCAUGGUGGCCAUACAUGGCCCCGGUGUACACCAUGGUGGCCAGACAUGGCCCUGGUGGCCAGACAUGGCCCUGGUGGCCAGACAUGGCCCCGGUGGCCACCAUGGUGGCCAGACAUGGCCCCGGUGGCCACCAUGGUAGCCAGACAUGGCCCUGGUGGCCACCAUGGGGGCCAGACAUGGCCCCGGUGGCCAUCAUGGUGGCCAGACAUGGCCCCGGUGGCCAUCAUGGUGGCCAGACAUGGCCCCGGUGGCCAUCAUGGUGGCCAGACAUGGCCCCGGUGGCCACCAUGGUGGCCAGACAUGGCCCCGGUGGCCACCAUGGGGGCCAGACAUGGCCCCGGUGGCCACCAUGGGGGCCAGACAUGGCCCCGGUUGCCACCAUGGGGGCCAGACAUGGCCCCGGUGGCCACCAUGGGGGCCAGACAUGGCCCCGGUGGCCAUCAUGGUGGCCAGAUAUGGCCCUGGUGGCCACCAUGGGGGCCAGACAUGGCCCCGGUGGCCACCAUGGGGGCCAGACAUGGCCCCGGUGGCCUCCAUGGUGGCCAGACAUGGCCCCGGUGGCCUCCAUGGUGGCCAGACAUGGCCCCGGUGGCCAUCAUGGUGGCCAGACAUGGCCCCGGUGGCCACCAUGGUGGCCAGACAUGGCCCCGGUUGCCACCAUGGGGGCCAGACAUGGCCCCGGUGGCCACCAUGGGGGCCAGACAUGAUCAAUCAGCUGCAUAA